AUGAGCAGCAAGAUGAAUGGCGUGCGUUCACGCAACGACCGGAAAUGCCACGCAUGUAACAAGAUAUUCUCCAAGAAAGAACACCUCACAAGGCAUAUUCGAGGUCACACGAAAGAAAAACCUUUCGCAUGUUCAAUUUGUGGGAAGUUAUACUCUCGGAGUGAUGUUGUUCGGCGUCAUGAGAGGAGCCAUCAUGAGCAGCAGGCCGAACAGCAGGCUGAUCAGUAUCUUGAGGAUUCGACAAGUUUCCCAGAUAGCGCAGCUAUGCUGACGCCGACCUCGGCGGCCAAAUCGCUGAGACGGUUGUCAGGGGUUACAUCUAUGCCAGAGGACAUGAACCUGCAGCCAUACCCCAAUACAAGCAUUGCAAGUCUUGUACCACCCAGUACUGAGUACACACCUGGACUAGACUUAUCUUCGCAUGAUGAUGCAACACAUGGAACAAGCUCCAACUCGGGAUCUGGAGCAUGGUUUCUUGAAGACGAUUUCGAUGUCAGCGCUCUAGACGUUUCACUCACCUCAACCAUCUCCGAAUGGGCCCAGUUCUCAAAUGUCUUCUCGGCGCCUCUUUUGCCGGAAGAGGAGCCGCAGCACAUAUUCACGCCGUUACAAAGUUCCGUACCUGACUUAGAGUCAGUAAAUCCCCCGUCAGAUACUAUGAAACGUAAAUGGUUUUCCCAUAUGGAGCACCGACCGAGCCGGGGAUUUGACAUGAUAAGUCAAAGUUAUCCGGGCCAUACUAAGGCAAAUGAGUCGUACCGAGCCGGUCUAUCUCAGAAACUUCGGCCACGGAUGGAGGAUGAGGCGCUUCCAACACCGGAGCAACUGAACCUCUUUGCUAAGCUCUAUUUCCAUCGUUUCCAUCCACUUCUUCCUGUUAUUCAUACUCCUUCCUUCCGACCGACUGCAGAGAACUCCCUCUUAUUCUUGUCGUUAUGUUCAAUCGGUAGCCUUUUCGUGGGAUCCUCGCGUGCUGUUAUGCAAGGGUCUAGGAUAUUCGAACGGUUGAACAAGGCAAUACUGGCUUCUUGGGAAUCAUUCCUAUCACAGAGUCGACCAGACGCCUUGUCUAUGGUUCAGGCCGCAAUCCUCGGUCAGACAUAUGCUAUCCUGGCCGGUGAGCCAAAAUGUCUUGUUUUGGCAGAUGUUCUGCACGGGACAGUCGCAGCUUGGGCUCGUGAAGCAAAUAGACUCGGUUCCCUUUGUACCCGGGCGCCCGAUUUCUCAGACAACAGCAGUAUCGAAACAAGCUGGCAUCGAUGGAUCGAUCAUGAGCAGAGAGCACGAGUCCAAGUAGCCUUACACAUCCACGACGCUGAACUUGCAACUCUACUUCAUCACCAACCAAUCCGCAGUCAUCGAUUUCGUCAAUUCCCCAAACUCGCAUCCGAUGCUUUAUUUUCAGCGCCUACGGCUUCAAAAUGGGCGGCUUUAUACCGUCAGUCCCUAGAAACACCGCCGGGAGAUAGCUCGAUAUACACUCAGAUCCCUCGCUCUCUAGAUCCACUCCCGAUUACCGGGAUAUCAUCCCGCUUCGCAGCCUACGGGCUCUUAGAAAGUAUAAGCGCCCACUUGACCGACUCGAAACAAUCCGAUGGCUUCGAUCAUCAUGUCUGUGCAGAGAUAUCAAGCCUCCUAAUCGCUUGGUGGAAAGCCUACUACACACCAUCCAAAAGCCACGAAGGAGAUACAUUCUGUCUCCCCGUUCUCUGGCACUCCAUUUUCAUUUCUUUGUACGCAGACCUCGACCUCCUCGAACAGUCUAUCGGCCGAGAUGGUCACCAUCACACCCUACAGGCUGCAGCCCCCGUCCAAGAGUGGUCUACAUCCCUGAAUGCCAGUCGCUGCCUCAUCCAUGCCUCAUUAAUCGCUCAAUACAUAGAAAAAAUGAGUAUGUCCUCGGAGCCAGCGAUUCAUGUUCCGCGUGCGCUGUUUACUGCCGCACUCACCUAUCUCGUUGUUGCGCGAUUCGCGCCGAAACAUGUUGUUCGUGCUGAGGCUUUUGCGUCGCCUGAAAUUAAAAUCCUUGGUGACGAUGACACUUUUAUGGAGGCUUGUUUCCCUGAUUUACAGCUUGCGGGUAGCGGGGGCUCUGGGGCUGCGGAUAUGGAUCAUUUGUAUCGGUUAGUAGAUUUGUUGCAGCGAGGUGGGCGUUGGGGGAUUUCGCAGGCUUUUGCUGGGGUUAUCUCUGCGGCUUUGGAGGGGGGCUUUGGCUCGUAG